AUUGGCUGCCGCCGUUGCGCUGUGACGUUUCCCUGUGACGUUGCCGAGAACCUCCAGCAGCUUGUCCGCCGUGCCAGUGACUACAGAAGGCCCAGUGUGUGUUGUUGGACGAUGCUAGUAGGAGUUGCGCAUAAACACCCAGCCUUUUAUCAGUAUUAAUCACUUGCGCGUCAGGAUGAUUAUAGAUAAUGUUGACGCUCUGAAAUCCUGGCUGGCUAAACUUCUUGAACCCAUAUGUGAUGCUGACCCAUCUGCACUGGCGAACUAUGUUGUGGCUUUAGUAAAGAAGGAUAAACCAGAGAAAGAGCUCAGAGCAUUGUGUGCGGAUCAGUUGGACGUGUUUCUUCAGAAAGAGACUACAGGGUUUGUUGAUAAACUCUUUGAAUGUCUAACCACCAAAAAUUAUUUGGGAAAUCCAGCUGCUAAAGAAGAAAGUAAAAUCCCAGUGCAGAAGCUUGAGGAGAAGGAAGAGACUGGUCAUGUUGAAGAUGAUCGGGAUAACAGAAGAAGAAGAAGCCCAUUAAGGAAUCGUUCAGACUUCAAUGAAACAAGGGCUAGAGAUGACCGCAGGAGAGACGACCGUAAGCGGCGGGAACUGGACCGUCACGGGAAGAGCGGAGAUUCAUACCGGGAGCGACAUGAGCGACGAGGAGGAAGCUCACGGGGGAGAAGCUACAGUCGCAGCAGGAGUCGUAGCCGCAGCAGCAGCCGUGGAAAGAGCAGAGAAAGAGAGCACAAUCCGAGGAGAGCCGAGCACAGAUCCAAAUUUGAGCAGGAGCGGAAGGAUGCAGAGCCUUACAACCCAUCCUCUGCCCACAUGGGUAACCCACACCACCAGCAGACCCAUCCACCCCCCCUGCUACCUCUGCCCCUUCCUCAGCACCAGUUCCCCUCCUCAGGGAGCCCCUCUGUCCCCAAUGCCGUAACCGUGGUAGCACCGGCUCACCUGCCCGACAGCACUACAGAGAGCUGGUCCACAUACUUCACCAACCACAAAGACGGCAAGACGUUCAACAAGAGCAGCACACUCAAACACCGCUGCAGAGACUACGACGAGAAAGGAUUUUGUAUACGAGGUGAUCUCUGUCCUUUUGACCACGGUAAUGACCCUCUGAUUGUGGAUGACGUCACACUUCCUACCAUGAUCCCGUUUCCACCACCACCAAGCCUGCCACGGAUGCCCAUGCCGCCUAUGACUGAACCUCCUCCUGGCAUGCCCAUGCCCCUCCCUCCCCAUGGACAGCCCCCGCCUCCAGGCAUCUACCCCAUGCCAGGGCCUCCUCUAAUCCCAGCUACUGGGAUAGACACUCCACCCCACUCCAGAACCAGCACCUCUUCCCCUUUGGCCCUGCCUGGAGUGGGACCACCUCCUCCUCCUCCACCACCACCACCUCCUUCCUCUUCUUCCUCCUCUUCUGCCUCUCUCCACCCUCAGUACACUCUCUCUGAAUACAGUUAUGACCCUGAGGCCUAUAACCCAGAGUCCCCGGCACUGACCGGCCCAGGCAGAGCUCAGUACCGCCAUUUCAUCCCUCGCAUCCAGACGCAAAGACCCAACCUCAUCGGCCUUACCUCUGGUGAUGGACAAAACUCACGAGGUAUCAGAUCAGCUAACAUAGUAAUUCAGACAGAGCCGUCUGUCCCGAGUGUGUCGAGCAGCGAGGUGAGGUACAUCUCUGAGCAGGAAAACAGGAAGAGGUGUCUGCCGUCUACAGAUGGCCCACAGGCCAAAAAACCCUGGAUGGACAAUUUUCUCCCCCCUGCUGUACCGAACCCGUACCGAACCGUGACUUCAUUACCGAGGCAAAAUUUCAAUAACCAGCAUAAACCUACCUUCCCAAAAAAGAAUCAUUACGUCAACACCAAACUAGAGGUCCGCAAAAUCCCCCGGGAGCUCAACAACAUCACCAAACUCAAUGAGCACUUCAGCAAGUUUGGAACCAUAGUCAACAUUCAGGUGGUGUUUGGGGGCGACCCAGAGGCGGCAUUAAUCCAGUAUACUGCUAAUGACGAGGCUCGGAGGGCCAUCUCCAGCACAGAAGCCGUUCUGAAUAACCGCUUCAUCAGAGUCUACUGGCAUAGAGAGGCCGCAUCCAACACACAGGAGCAGGGACCCAGUCAGAACACAAACCCUGGCCAACAACAGCCAACAACACACAAGGUCAUUAAUAAGCAGCACCCUGCAGGAUCUUACGUACUGAAUAAGAACUUCCCCAAACACCAGACUGCCACAGGAGCCACGGGCAUAUUGGGCAGCACUGAACCUACCAGCCCGAGCCAAGAACCAUCAGUGGGUUUGACGCCACCUUCCAGUUUGCCGAAGGGUCCGUUCUCACGCACAGUGUUGAAAACCGCAUCAAAGUCGUUAGGAAAAACGGGCAAAGUGCUGGAAGCUCAGGAGGUUCUGAAAAAGAAGCAGGAGGCGUUGAAACUGCAGCAAGACAUGAGGAAGAAGAAACAAGAAAUGCUUGAAAAACAGAUCGAAUGUCAGAAGGUGCUGAUAAACCGCCUGGAAAAGAACAGAGGGAUGAAGCCAGAGGAGAGGGCGAACAUCAUGAAGACUCUUAAAGAACUGACAGAAAAGAUCUCUCAGCUGAAGAACGAGAUCAGCCCGACCGCACAAGCUACUGCCAACACGACACAAUCAAAGUCAAAAACAGACGCACAGAAAGAGUUGCUUGACGCAGAGUUGGACUUCCAUAAGAAGCUGACGUCAGGAGAAGACACAACAGACCUGAAGAGGAGGCUGGGUCAGUUGCAGGUGGAGGCAACACGACUGGGACUGAUACCAGCGGGCCGUGGCAAACCACCAGCAGCACCAGCUCGAGGCAGAGGGAGGGGCCGAGGGCGGAGCCUCAGGGGGCGUGGUGGAGGCAAUCACAUGGUGGUAGACCACCGGCCUCGAGCCAUCACUAUUAUUGGCUUCACACAGGAAGAGAAGGAGGAACUCAUGCCGCAUUUCGUGAAAUUUGGCGAGAUCGAGGAGCUUCGUGACUAUGAUGCUACAAGUGUCGUGAUGACCUUCAAAACCCGCAGUGAUGCAGAAAACGCUGCAAACCAAGGGGCGAAGUUCAAAGGUCGAAUUCUACAGAUCUCAUGGUACAAACCUAAAACUCCAUCUGUGUCCAAUGAACCGGAAGAGGAAGAGUCAAAGGAAGAGGUCAACGCUGCAGGAAUCCAUGUAAUGACGGAAGCCAGUCAGCCCCUUUCUGCUUCCAGAGGAAGAGGAAGAAGAUGAUGAUGAAGAAGAUGAAUAUGAGAGCCGCUCAUGGAGGCGAUGAGGAAGGGGAAAUGGCACCACUUUUUGUUCAAGGACUCUCAUUUUUAGUUUUUGUUUGUAAAGGCUAAUUUAAGUAUAUUUGAUUGAAUAAGACAAAGAGUCUUUCUUUUUUUAAAGACGGUUUUCAGUAUUUUGAGACCUGGAGAAGCGAAAAGGCAAACUGUGUUCUCUGUAUAGGAGAAUAUAUGAGUUUGUGUGACGUCUGUGUAGACUUGCAGUGUUUCUGUCACUCUAUUUCUGCUUUAUGUAUCAAACUCUCACUUCUGCUGAGAUUGAAUGCAAAAUGUUUCAGAUGGGAAACAUUUUGUUUCACUGUGCAUGAGCAGAUAUCAGUAACUCACAACAUUUGUGACUACUGUGAAAUUUUUUUUUUUUUUAAGUACCUAAAUUGUUCACCCAUUUCUUCCCAGUUUAAUAUAUGAUUUAACAUGAAACUUCAUCUGCACUUUGUGCCACUUUGGUAGAAAUUCUCCCGAUGGAUGCACUCUUUUGGCAUCGUUCCCAUUAAAGGCAUCUCUUUCCUUUGUGAAGAAACGAAAUGCCGUCAUGAUGUCAAACGAAACACUUUUGUAACCGCUCUCUAACGUUUAGGCAAUAUAUAUCCCCGGGUGGAUUUUUCCUUCUCGAUAUUAACGUGCCACUUCCUGUAAAUAUGGACUGUAUAGAAGAUACAUGUGGCACACUUCAUUUUGGUCAGUGUGUCGGACUGUUCAUAUUUAUUUCUCACAUCUAGUUGAUGUUCCAAAACCAAAAAGAGCUUUGGAUGAGGGUCAGAGAAAAUUAUUGUUGUUAAUUGAGUUAAAAUAUGAACAGAGGUGUUGUGAAUGUAUUCAAAAUUGAUUUACACUUCAUUUACGCCUUAUAUCGUCAGUGUACAGCUGAUGUUUUAUGAGAUUUGUGGCUUUUUCCCCCUUUUUUUGUGUAUAUUUUGUAAAUGGUUGCAGUAGUAAUGACUGUUCACUUCAUUAUUUUAGUCUGUCGAAUGAAUGAAUCGUUAAACGGAUCACAUUCAUAACUCUUAGAGGCUUAUUUAAGUGAGCGUAUGACUUAAAACCACAGUCUUAUAUAAUUUGACUAUGCUUUAAAGAAUCUGUUUUAAUGUUUUUUUUUUGUUUUUUUUUGGACACCACUCAUUUCAAAAGCCUGGUCCUGCAGAAAUGGGUCAAAAACACACCCGUUUCUGUAACCUUAAAUAUUAUCCAAUAGCAUGCUGGCAUAUGUGUGCGUGUGUUCAUUUGGAGAAAAAAAGAAAAUAUAUGUAUGUAUGCAUAUAUAUUUUUUUAAUAUUCAUAUUUACAUACUUUGCUAAAAACAAGAUAUAAGUUUAUAGUUCCUUUUAAUGAAGGACCAGUGUAAAACUUUCCUAUGUAUACUGUUGAUGUGACAGUUAAUAGCACGUUACUUCGCCAUUUGAAUUCAGUGAUACACCUGUUUGCCCUGCUCUUCCCCAUCGAUUGUACAAAUUCUUCUCAUAAUCUCCACAAUGAUUUCUCAAUAACAUGGUUGUUCAUUUAAGGUCUGGCAGGUCUUAAUGUUGGUUUUGUACAUGAGUCUAGUAGAAGGACUCGAGACUGUGUGUGAAUUUAAAGAAUGGAUUUUGCUCAUUUGUACAACCGUUUUACUACACCACAUUAGUACAAAGUCAUACAUUUAGCGUAAAUAGAUUUUGACUUUAUUACUGUUUAUAAAUUUAAAUAUCUAUGGAUGUAUUUUUCAGUUUUUUGUUUGUAAAAUGGAUUUCUAACAGUUGCAUGUUUGCUAAUCAAUAAAGAUAAUGGAAUGGGGUGAGCAAGAAGAAUAUCAAGAAAAAAAAAUGCAGUUUCAAUUGGCCAGAAGUAAAAAAAAAAAAAAAAAAAUUUGAAACAAACAAAAGAAAAAGUAUCUGCAAAAAAGAGAGAGAAAAGGAAGAAAAAAAAAUCAUGAUCCAUUCCAAGAAUUAUUCCCCUCUGAAA